AUGUCCUCUGAACAAACAACAAGUAACUCUCCGGUCCUGACUGCCCAGAGCGAUCUGAGCAUGAUGGAAGCCCCUGUCAACAACCAAGUCAUCAACCAUGCGGACCGCACCCUGCAAGCAAUAGACCGCCUCAGGGAAAUGCUGGCCACUUGUUCCUCGGCACUGGCAGAUGCAAUCGAACAUAAUAUGCCUGAGGAGAACAAGAACUCCAUUCGCCAAACCAUUGCAGCGACAGAAGGCGACCUGGUCAUGCUGAUCUCGGCCCAUGGUCAUCUAGUGCGCUCAAGUCCGGUUCAAGCUGAGCAAACCGCUCCUCAGUCUCGUCUGGUACCCCGCGAGCUUCCAGUAUUUCAGUGGCAAGGCAACGAGUGGGACCACACACAAAAGGUCUAUGCAUCUAUCGAAGAAUGCCUGGACAAGUUUGAGGAUGUGCUGCACUCGUACAGCAUGGACCUCAACGUCGACUGGCACCGCCUCCUCCCAAUUGUAUUGUCACGCGAGCAAAGAUCCUGGUUUGACAACUACUUGCGCAGUUCCCCAGAACUCCCCUGGUCCUUUGCUCGGGAUGCCUUCAUCAAGGCAUAUGGAAUCAAUGACCUUGAGAGACGCGUUCAGCUCACACAUGAGCUGAUGCUCAUGCGUAUGCGAACCACAGAGUCCGUCAGCAACUAUACGGACAGAUAUCAGAGGGUACGCCGCGAAGCUGAUGUAGCCGAUAAUAUGCAGGCUGCCAUUGCCUACACUUCCACGCUGCUACCAGAGCUUGCACGCCAGGUCUCUCUCCUUCAGGUCAACAUGCCCAGAGAAAAGCGUGACACAAUUGACAAAGCUGCGUCUCUGGCCAGGUCUAUUUACAGCACAGUAUUCCUAACCGCCCGUAGCAAUGAGCCCGUGGCCAGGGCACACACCUUGGGUUCUGAGCAGGUGUCCCGCACAUCUUCUUCGUCUUCUGCUGGGCGCUCAUCUGGUUCAUCAAGGGAGAACGCUCAAAGCCGUGAGCGUUCAACUCACAAGAGAUGCUCCCUACAUGGUAAAGGUAACCAUGACACUGAGGAUUGUCGCAUCCUCAAGAAUGCACUUGCCACCAAGGGCGGCAAUCGGGUGGAGAAGGCACCCCACGCCAACAAGUACGUUGGUUCGGCUCCCUGUCGUUGGUGCGGCGAAGUUUGGUCUCACAAACACCGCUGUUCUUCGGUCUCUGGUUCCUCCAGCUCUUCUGGUUCUGCGUCUGGCUCUCCCCGGGGUUCUGCUCCCCACUUCGCCGUCCGCUCCAUCCACACUGUCACCAACGACAGUACUCCCUCAGAUGCCAGCUCAUCUGAGGACGACCAGUCCAUGGUCAUGGACUUUGAACAGUGCUCCACAUGUAAGUAUACAAGCACUCACACAGAUCACAAUAAACGAUCUACUCACUCCUAUCUUGUUCCUAUCUCUUUAGAGGAGGAGAAACUGUGGGCAUUGGUGGACACAGGGGCUACUAUCAGUUCCGUCAGCACCAAGAUCUGUAGCAAGUUGGGCUGGCCCACAAUUCCGCGCAACGGAAAAAUUGUGUUGGCCACUAACAACGCUAUAGCUCAUAGACUAGGAGUAACAAAACCAAUAAAAGUUUUUUAUAACAACAAGCAUAUUAUACAUUCAUUUGAAGUUUUGGAUCUUGCUGAGAACAUAGAUGUUAGCAUUGGUACAGAUUUAAUGCCAAGUCUAGGUAUUCAUUUACUUGGACUAGCAGAGAGUUGGUACGGUUCUAAUACACCUCAGACUCCAACACCCAUAGCAGAAAUAGAAAAACCCAAUAAUGCACCAGCUGGCACACCCACUGAACACUCUCAAUUCAUGAAGGCUCUACUACCCUUUAUUAAAGCAAAUGAAGCCAUACCCAUCACUUCAUUUUGUACAGUUAAGGAAUCUAUUGUACGACUACCAACACCUCCAGGCCAAGUAGUCUAUAGACGACAGUAUCCUAUAGCUUUACAACUUGUUCCACUGAUGGCCAAACAUAUAAACCAAUGGCUUACUGAUGGCACCAUACAAAGGGCACCCAUGAGUUUGGUAAUCCCACAGGCAAGCGUCCUUGCUUAG